ACUUGUUUGUACUGCCCCAGAAAAUGCAUUCAUCCAUUAUUUAUGAGAACGAGAAACUAUUUCAUCUACUAUACAUAAGUUAUCAGCCAUCCUGCCAAAGGGCUCUCUCUCAUCUGUCAGUGAGUGAGUCUUCAGACUGUCUUGUGUCUAUAAGAGCAGCUGCAGCUCCUCACCCCCAGGUGGGCCGGCAGCACGAGGCAGGCGAGUUUGUAACAGGGUCGAGCAUGCGCGCUCCGGCGAGCCUCCUCCGCUCAGCCGGCAACGGCCCAUCUCCAUCUCCUCCUCCCCUGGUUGGUGAUGGUCAUGCAGCAGGGGAGCAGCAGGCCUUCUCCGUGGACUCGGACACGGUGGUGAUCCUGGCGUCCCUCCUCUGCGCCCUCAUCUGCGUGGCCGGGCUUGCCCUCGUCGCGCGGUGCACCUGCCGCAGACGCAGCAGUGGCGGCGGCGGUAACAGCAACCCAACCGCCGCGGAGGCGCAGGCACCGAGGGGGCUGAAGAAGGCGGCGAUCGAGGCGCUGCCCACGGUGUCGUUGCAAGCAUCAGGAUCAGGAAGAGCAGGAGAGGAGAGGGAGUGCGCCAUCUGCCUGGUGGUGCUGGCCGAGGGAGACGAGCUCCGGCUGCUGCCGCUCUGCGGCCACGGCUUCCAUGCGGCCUGCAUCGAUAGCUGGCUGGGCGCCCACGCCAGCUGCCCCUCCUGCCGCGCCGCCGUGCUCACCUGCCGGAGGUGCGGGGCGCCUGCCGCUGCUGGGGACGCAACCUAGCCCCGUCCGUCAUGCACUGACUGUCCAGAUUCACUCGUAUCGUACUACUACCGUCUAUCUACCUAUCUACUCCCUCCAUUUCAAUUUUAAAAUUAGAUUAUUUUGACAAAUCUAGAUACAAUAUUUAUCUAAGUGCAUAGCAAAAUCUUUGCCGAAACGAUCUACAUUUUGGAACGGAGGGAGUAUGUAUCCGUUCAAGUACUCAUCUCAUCUUCUGCUACUACUAGUAUAAAUACAAUCAAUGUGAUGGGAGUACUAUGAAUUUUGGUUUCCAAA